CUGGAGCUCUUUUGGUCGUUUGUCUACUCCGUAAAAAGACAUGAGAAUCGGAAAUUUUGCCAUUCAAUAUUUAUUAAAAAGAGGAAGGGAAGACUAGGCAAGUCGUAUCUUUCUUACUCUUUAGAACUUCCACCAAUCCCCGGCGAACCUCGUGUGCUAAGUCAGCUCAAGCCGGGUGAAGUGAGCCUCAUCUUUGACAGGCCACUUUCUCUCACCACUGUCACUGCUACCGCUGCUAUCACAAAGGCACCGGAUAUAGUUGCAUUCGUGGUGCAGUGGAUCGAGAGUCGCUACUUUCUGCGCGAUUACCUUAACUCUCUCUCACCGGAUAUUGCCGCCGCUAUCCACUCAAUUGGCAGCAGCAGUGUCCUCUUUCCACCCCAUUUGUCCGCUGCGGUACCCACUGCCAUUACCGAAGCUGGCAGUCAGGUAGGCUUUAGGGAGUUACCUUGGCAGGGUCAGUCGUCUUUUCUCAGGCAGGAAAGGUCUCUUUUAUGUUCUGCAUAA